AUGCAAUUUCUAGCAAGAAAAGGGAAGAAGUUUGCUAAACAUGAACUCAAAUCAUGCAUUGAGGAGUUUGAAGAAAAGUUGAAUAAAUUCGACAUUGAGAGGAAGGAACAAGAACUUUCUACCAGAAAAAUCUCAAAGCCAUCAACAAAAAGUGGAGAACUUGGAGAGCAUCACGGUGACUGGAAAAAGAAGAAGAGGAAAUCGAUGAAUCUGAAAUUACUUAAGAUAAAGCUUUUGGCUAUCAACAAUUCUCAUGCAAAUAUGCAACUAACCACUAAUUCCAGCUUGACAUCUUUUUGAAGAGGUUUUUGGCACACUAAUUUACUACCCAAAACGGAGGGGAUUCCCAUCCAAAGAAAGAGGUUGGAGAGACAAGAAACA